AUGGCGGUUCUUUCCCUGGUUCUACUCGUGACGUGGCUGCUGGGAAGUGCCUUGAGCCACCGGUUGCAGGACACGGUCCGGGUGCCGGGGGUGGUAGAGGGGGAGGCGAUCAGCGCGGAGCAAAUUCAGGGCGAGCUGCAGCAAGAGUUGCCAGAGGCCGGAUCUUCCCUGGCAGACGCCCUGGCACGUUACCCCAUCUUUAGGCCGCCCACAGAAAGGAGCGCCCUGUUUCUGCGAGGGGCCCUGAAUGCGCGGACGGACAACACAACUUGCCAGCACCAGCUGGGUGGACUCCUGAGAGCUCUCAUCGCCGCCUGCCAUGAGAAAACCCGGGUUGGCUAUGACUAUGAGCACAAGCAGCUGUUUGGUCCCUCGGGCUUGAAGCCGAAAACUUGCCAAGAGAGCGCUAAAGACAUCUUCCUUCACGGCGAGGAAUUGGUCGGCACCUAUCGCGUACCGCCAGAGCUGGUGGCACAUGGCAAAGUGCCAGAAGCGACUUUACCUUUGGUGCAAAGCCUGGACUUCCUCAAGUCCUGGCUCAUCCCACUGGCAACCGCCAAGAAGGAUGCACUUAUUUGGGCUGGUUUUUGGACAGAUCCCCAUGAUCCUCAUGGGAGGCAGAGAAGGAGUUCAGUCGAGAUGCUCGCUGAAUUUGCACAGCGAACCGAGCACGACACCGUGCACCCUGACACAGUACUGGGAGCUCUGAUCGAAAAGCACGGGGCCUUGGGCCGUUGCUCCGACACCAUGGAACACCACUUGAUAGAGAAUCUCUGGAAGCUGGCAAGCUUUGCCUUCGUCUCCGGCAUGCGAGAGAAAGGUCAGAACACCGUUAUAGCCUUGGUGAACAAGGAGCUUGAGGGCGAGCGCUCCUUGCAGAAGUCUGUUCUCUACAAAUACGAGGUGCCGACGUUGGGGCUUGCGGCAUGGGGCAUGGGCUACUGGUCUCCCAAAGUUCUCCUCAUCGACUUGAAAGGCUCGUGUGCCCGGACGAGCCCGGCACUGCGCAGGCAGAUGUUUGGAGGUCUGAAACCUUGGUACCUGGACAGGAGGAAGGAUCAUUGGAGCGCGCAAGAGUUUGCUGCGAAAUCUCGCGUCACCUGGCAGUGUUGGAACUGUCCGAAGUCCAGUUGUAACCUCGACCACCAGCUGGCCGCGCGCGUGAAGACCCUGCGGGAGGCGCAGAAGAAGAAGAUCGCGCGGGAUGAUGACAUGAUGAAGGCCGCAUGGCUCGGCAAAGAGGCCGUGGUCAGGAGAUUGCUGAAGCAGAAGGCAGACAUCCGCUACCAGGAGCCUGUCGCCGGGCAGACUGCCUUGCACUACGCUGCGAAGCACGGGGGUGCCAGCAUGGUUAGCCUGUUGCUCAUGAAAAAGGCAGACAUCCAUGUGAAGGAUCAGGCCGGCAAGACCCCCCUGCACGUGGCUGUGGAAGAUUUCGCAGUUGGCCGUGGGCAUGAUCGUGCUGCGACGGACAUGGUUCACAUGCUCCUCAAGGGCAGGGCAGACGUAAAUGCUCGCAAUGACGAGGGCCAAACUGCACUCCAAGUGGCACGUGAAAUGCGGGUCGACAGCCUGGAUCCGACGGUGGUGAGAAUGCUGAAGACCUGGGAAGACGACCUUCCGCAACAUCCUUCAGAGUGA